AUGGAGGAUGACUAUGCGGCAGCGUAUCUUCCUAUGGACAUUAUGUACAAGAUCCCUGGGCACAUCUCUGAUCCAGCCUCCCUUGCCCGCCUCGCUUCGUCCUGCAAGUUCUGGCGCAAUCUCAUCAAGGACCCGACCUUCCUUGAUCGCCUUAGCAGGCGGCACCGCGACCAUGGCUCCACCCAAUCUCUCCUUCUCGGCUUCUUCUACCAGGACAAUGAGAGGACUUCCCCAGACCUCAUGAAGUAUCACAUUGACAAAACACGCUGUUUGGCACCAAGCUUCGUGCGGAUAUCUGAAUUGUCACGAUUUGUUGGCAGCAAAUCUGCUUGCAAUGCUAUCAAGCCACUAUCCCUUGAGACCUUCAUCCCAGGUCUUGGUGCAAGCCUCAACUUCUAUAAGCCCGUUGCAUCACAGGACAACUUCCUGGUCCUCCGUCGCCUGUCGAAAGACGCCAAUGGUCACAUGAAUGAUGAGUUAUGUGUCUGCAAUCCUCUCACUGGUGAAACCUUUGAGAUUCCUAGCCACUUAUAUGUACCUCCUGACCAUUAUGUCUUGUUUGUCACCAAAGAGGUCGACAUUGAUGGACGCAUAUCCCACUCCUUCCAGCUGACUGGCAUUUUUUGGAUGAAAAAAGCAAAGCGUUUCAUCAGUGUGUGCUGCAGCUCGAAGACUGGAAGAUGGACGAUGUCUUAUGAAUUUCCUGAGCUAAUGCCUGGCCAUUACUUGGUGUCAUCCUCAGCCGCUGCUUCUGGCAGUGUCAUCCAUUGGCUCUGUGGUUCUUUGGAACAAAUGUCGCUCACCCACGUUGCCACACUGCAUAUUGAAAAUAUGGGGCUGUCAUACCUGGAGCUCCCACCCGAAGCAAAUCACAUCAAGAUACCAGUGCUGGCGAAUUCAGCAAAUGGGGGGAUUCUAUUGCUCUUCGUGCAAGGCCUUCAGAUGUCACUCUGGAAACACAUCAGUGUGCUUGGCAGUGGCAGCAGCAGCUGGUUGCUUUCUGAAAGGAUUGACUUGACAAGUUCCUUGCCUAAGCAGGUGGCAGCCUUGGGGAUCAGGGCAAAGGUCAGGUUGGAGAUGUUCCGAGGCAAGAGUGGGGCGGUGGUGCUCAGGGUUGUUGGAGAAGGCCUCUUUCUGUUCAGCUUCGGCGAUAGGUCGAUGAGGAAGAUUGACAGUGCAAGUGUGACCAGGAAACACUUCCUCUGCCCAUAUGAAAUUGAUUGGCUGACCUGCCUUGCAAUCACAAACCUCGUCGUCAAUGGCUCGUUGUUGCUGGAUGUAGAACGUAAAAAGGCUCAAGACAGAUGGAGGACAUUAAUGGGAAUGAAUUUGGGGACGAACGGAGCAUCUUAA